AUGGUUGCAGCCGUAGUGGACUCAUGGCCGAACGACGCUGGAUUUGAUAACAACUACGAAGAACACAAGCCGGUCGAGCUCGUAGUCAAGGGCAACAUUCCGACUUAUGCAGCAGGCGUUCUAUAUCGUACAGGUCCACUCGGAUAUAAAGCAAAGACAGAUGAUGGCAAGAUUUGGGCAGCAAAACACUGGUUCGACGGGUUUUCCUGUGUUCACCGCUUCCAGGUCGACUUCCUAAAGGAAGAUGGGCCAGCCAAGGUUCAAUACCGCUCACGACGCAUAGUAGAUGAGUAUCUCGAGGUCGUUCGCAAGACUGGCAAACUUGACAGUGUUACUUUCGCCUCGAAGCGUGAUCCUUGUGAGAGUUUUUUCAAGAAAGUUAUGAGCAUCUUCUACGCUUCACAGGCUACACGAAAUGCACGCAAUGCACAUAACGUUGGAGUUACACUAUCCAUCAACAUGCCGGGUGGAGGCUAUGUGAAGAAUCCUGAAAAGCCAUCGAUUAAUGGACACACCAACCACAUUGAAACCCUUCAUGCAAAGACGGAUGCAUUUCUACUUAACAAAAUCGACCCCGAAACCCUUGAACCGCAAGGCAUCGCAACUCAAACAGUGCUUCAUCCUGAACUCAAAGGUCCCAUGUCAGCCGCUCACGCAAAAUCAGACCCUGAGACUGGUGACAUCUUUAAUUUCAACCUCGACCUCGGAUACAAGAGCACAUACCGUGUUUUCCGCACCUCGGCUUCAACAGGUAAAACCGAAAUACUCGCCAGAUUCAAUGGCAAACCAGCGUACAUUCACUCCCUAUUCCUCACUGAGAACUACGUCGUUCUCUGUGUGUGGAAUAGUCAUAUUACAUGGAGCGGCAUCUCGCUUCUCUACAAAAAGAACAUUGUCGACUCCAUUGCGCCUUUCGACCCCAAGUCCAAGGCAAUGUGGUAUGUCGUAGACCGCACACAUGGAAAGGGACUCGUAGCGACGUAUGAAAGCGACCCGUUUUUCUGCUUUCACAGCGUGAAUGCAUGGGAAGAACCGGAUGAGACGGAUCCUAAGAAAACCGACAUCAUCACAGAACUCAGCAUGUUCGAGAACACAGACGUCAUUCAUCGGUUCUAUUACGAUAACUUGGUCUCAUCGAUCGCGAACCCGGAGUACAUGGGUAAGAAGCGGACGUCUUGUUUGCCCAUGCAGACGCAGUUCCGCCUACCACGUGUCAAUGUCAGUGUCAGUACAGGCAACCCUAGGCCUGCGGAAAUCGUCUUCCAAGCGGACAAGAUGAUAUCAAUGGAACUCCCCACAAUCAACCCUUCUUACCUUACGCACCGACAUCGCUAUUCUUAUGGCUGUGCCGACCGCCUCAAGUCAUCCUUCAUGGACGGCAUUGUCAAGUUCGACAACUUGACUCAAAAGAGUAUCUUCUGGGAAGUAGAGGGUCACACACCAGGUGAGCCUAUCUUCGUGGCGGAUCCUGAGGGCAAAGCAGAAGAUGAUGGCGUGCUCUUGACGGUGGUGCUGGAUGGGUACGUAGAGAGGAGUUACUUGUUAGCUCUAGACGCAAGUAGUCUAAAGGAAGUAGGAAGAGCGGAGAUGGCUGGACCUAUGGCCUUCGGCUUUCAUGGCGCAUACAAAGCGUUCGAGAGGAGAUAUGCCGGGGACAUCUAA